AUCCUUACAACUCAUUCCACUUCUCUCUUUUUGCCGCAAAUCUUAGAUCUCCCGCAACCCUUUUCUCAUAAUAAGGAAAACAACAAAAACUUUUCUUAUUGAAUAAAAAGGGUUUUUUAAAGAAAACUCAAAGGGCAAGAAAAGAAGUACAAGAAUUGACAAUAGAGAAACAAGGAUGUCACCCCACAACACACCCCACACCCUGUCCUUCCAAUAAGGAUUAUCGGAGAAAAUUGAUGGGUCAGGUCUGAAAAUCAUAGGAAUACCAGAAAAAAUAUUGAACCAUGACCCUUUCUUUAAUUGUUUACGAUGGUUGAAACAUUUUUUGAAGAUUGAAAAAGAUAAUUGUAACUUGAAACUGUUAAAAGUUGAUUUGCCCGCUGCCUCUAUUGCUCGAGGUGAUUUUUUGAAAUUGGGCAAUGGGGUGCUGCUGUUAUCAAUGUGGUUAGGAGUCAGGUCCUGAUUUGGUUGUAAAAUUGAUGUACGUUGAGUAUUUGGAUACAUCGUUUAGAGGGGAAUGAAUGCAGGAAGUUGUAUGAUCUAACGGGUAAACUUAAUGAGUGGUGAUAACCCUAUUUGAUUAAUCAUUGAUCAGAACGAGUGAACUGUCUUAGACGAUAAAGCAUAGAGCGAAUUGAGAAAGUGUGGUUGGCGUUUUGUUGGGGGUUAAGAUGGAGGUUGAGCUUGAUUUGAGGGAUAUUUUAAUGAAAAUUUCAGAUGAAAAGAACAAAGACGAGGAAUAUGCGAAUGUUGAUUUGAAGAAGAGUGAGUUUGCUGCUAAGGCUGAUGAUUUUGUUUUCAGUAAUAGACAUUCUAUGAAGUUUGAUGGAAAGAUAAGUUUGGACCUCACUGAAUGUAUUGUAAAGGAUGUUGAUGGAAAGAACAUUGUUGGUGAUGAUGACAAACAUUUUGCGUUUGUUAGUGGAAGGCGGAGUGAUGAUUGUGGCACAGAUGAGAUUGGAGUAACGAAGUCAAGUGUGGUUAGGGAAGAUGAGAACAAUAGGAAGAGAAAGCGAGAAUCUUACACGGACUUGCUGAGUUGGGUUACUGAUGUUGCAAAAGAUCCUUGUGAUCCUGCCAUUGGAUCUUUGCCAGAAAGAUCCAAGUGGAAGUCUUACGGGAAUGACGUAAUCUGGAAGCAGGUUCUGCUGCUGCGAGAUGAAAUGCUUCUGAAAAAGAGUGCUGAUACAAGUGCUCAAUGCUCGAUAUGGCGGAUAAAACAGAAGAUGCAUCCAUCUAUGUAUGAUGAUAACUCCUCUCUUGAGAGAGUGAGAUGCAGCAGGCGGGUUCUACUCGCUAAAAAUCCAUUGAAGAAGGCACCUUUUUCAGCAUUGUCAUCCUCAAGUUCCCCAAGUGAGGAGGAUCCGGUUGAUGGACCUGCUGAUUCUUCUGCAGAGUCAGGAGUUGCUCUUUGGCGGAACCAGCGCCGAAAGCGAAUACCAGUCGGACCGCAGUUUCAAGCAGAUAUUCCUGAAUGGAGACUGGAGGAAUAUGAAAGUGACUCCAAAUGGGUGGGUACCCAAAUCUGGCCACUAGACAAACAAGAACAAAACAUAAUGUUAAUUGAAAGAGAUCCUAUUGGAAAGGGAAGGCAAGAUACAUGUGGCUGCCUAUACCCUGCUUCAUAUGACUGCAUCAAGUUUCAUCUUGUUGAGAAACGGAAGAAGGUUAAGCUUGAGUUGGGAUCAGCCUUUUAUCUGUGGAUGUUUGACUUGAUGGGUGAAGAAGUUGCACUUUCUUGGUCAAAACAAGAAGAAACGAAAUUCCAGGAUAUAGUGAAAAUGAACCCGUUGUCGACAGACAAGAGCUAUUGGAAUGAAAUAUUCAAGUUCUUUCCUAACAAAAGCAGGGAAUCUUUGGUCAGCUACCACUUCAAUGUCUUUCUUUUACGGCGCAGAGGUGACCAGAAUCGAACAACUGGAAGUAAUAUUGACAGUGAUGAUGAUGAACCACAGUACGGACCUAGAACUAAUUGUUUUGGGAGGGAUUCUGAAUUCUCCAUCUUUUGUUCCCCAAAGAAAGCACAUCUGGAUCCCAUAUAGUAAUUGAAUGUUUAUAUACCAUGGUGUUGUUCAGAAAUGUAAAUUGCAGGUUUUUUGUUGUGCUUUUGCCCAUCAGCAGUUUAUAUCGGCAAAUAUUUUUCAAAGUCAGUUGCAAAGUGCAGAUACAUAAUACCAGAUACCAUCUUAAAAUUGUAUAUUUUGAGUUGGUGGACUUUUUGGGUACAAGAAGGUUCAGGAUAUUCUUUCUUCUUACCUUUUUCAGCAUACAGCGUUUUACUUUACCUACUUGUUAUUGUUCAAAACGCUGAUCAAGACUGUUACUCAUGUUAUGAUUUGCUCAGAUGGAUCUCUACAUAUUGCGGUUUGCCUUUUGUUCUCCUUGCAUCCCUAAAAUCAUUGUGCUUUUCGAUAGCCCUUGUAUUUGGGAUAACUGAUAAAUCAACUAGUUUCUCU